AUGACAAGCUCUGUGGCCGAACAGUUCGAAGUCGGCGGCGAGGACAGCUGGCGGCCGCCAGCCGCCAACGACACGUACGCCCGCUGGGCCGCCACCCUGAGAUUCCACGUCGGAGAUUCUCUUCAUUUCAAGUACAAAAACGACACGGUGGCAGUUGUCGACAAGUGGGGAUAUUACCACUGUAACUCGAGCCAUGCCGUGACAGUUUUCAAGAACGGGAACACGGUUAUCGAGCUUAAGCGGCCUGGCCCGGUUUAUUUCAUCAGUUCCGACCCAAAUCACUGCAAAAACGGGCAGCGGCUAAUGGUGGAAGUGAUGGCCCUGCACUCUGAUUAUCGAGAUGUAUCCCCUGCAACAUCUCCGUAUUCGGCAGCACGAUCUUUCUUUGUGGGCCCACAAGUUGUUUUCUGUUGUGUGGCUGUAAUUGCUGUCUCGAUUAGUAUGUAG